UCAGAAUCGCGAACGCGGUGUGUCGUAGUGCUGGUGCUGGUGGUGACCCAACAAUCCGUAAGACAAGUUGAAAUUGAAAAUCAUAAAAUAGAAACAGCCAGCCCCGUUGUCGAAGUCCGCGAGUCAGUGCGUUAGUGGAUAUAAGUAUACUUACCUACGGUUAGUAGGUAGUGUUCUCCUCGGUGCGCGGUUCGCACGUACAUUAAAACUUGCAACAGCAUUUCUAGAAAGCACACAGCCCGCAACAGUAGACAUAGUCGUAUAUAGGGGGAAGGAACAACAUCAGCAGUGCGAGAAGCAGCAGCAACAGAGCAACAGGGAGUUGGAUCUAGCGCCCAAAACGGUGUGCGUGCCCUGUGUGGCUCUCGUAUGUGUGUCUCAACCUCUCCUGCUGGUUUUGUAUGUGUGCAUAUGAGUACGUUUGGUGUGUGCGUUGAAUUGACUCCUCUCGAUUCGACCGAGACGAAACCCCAUCGCCGUCCAGAAGAAGCAGAGCAGUAGAAGUCUUGGCAGUGGUUGGUGGUGGUGGUGCUGCUGCUGCUGCAAAACGUCAGUCAGCGAAGAAGAUAAUCGAGUGAAUCGAAUCAAAGAAAACAAGCCGCUAGCGACAAGAAGAAUUUCAGCCAAAUCCCAUUCGGUUGGGUGUCAGUCAUUUAAGGGGUACACCAGAUCAUAAAAUAGGGAAAAGUGAACGUGUCGUCACAACUGAAAAGAAGUGAAAAGUGUGUGGUAAAAGCAAAAGUCAAAAUUGGAAAACAUCACCACCCCACCUCCCUAGUGUUUCGCGAGUCGAGUUGCCCCCCGAUGAGUAGAGGAAAUUGUGAUGUGAUGUGUUUUUGUUCGGUUGGGAAGGAAAAGUGCGAUUUCGAGUGCUAAGGCAAUUUUUUUUGCGAUAUUUCAGCGGAAGCUUUCGUUUCACGGUGGUCUUAAAAACCAAUAGAAGUGGCAGCAGAAAGUGUAGAAAGAAGGAAGAUUAGGAAGAAAUCACAUACACCUAUAAUAACAACAACAACAACAGUGAAGCAAAAAAGAAAAAGAAGAAAACCGACGAACGACAAUGUCCAUGGACAACCGAAGUACCUCGGCCCUGUUCAAGAGGGCCGAGCAGUUGAAGCGGUGGGAAGAGUCGGAAGCCAACAAGCACAGUGGCAUCCCGAAGAGUCCCUCGAUGCGCCGGAUUAAGUUCUCCUCGGGGUGCAUCUUCCUGGCGGCGUGUAUGGCCGGCGACAAGGAUGAGGUGUCCCGGCUGCUGGAGACCGGCGCCGACAUCGACACGGCCAACGUGGACGGGCUUACGGCGUUGCAUCAGGCUUGCAUCGAUGACAACUUAGAUAUGGUAGAAUUCCUUGUACAAAACGGAGCAGAUGUCAACAGAAAAGACAACGAAGGAUGGACGCCUCUACAUGCCACAUCUUCCUGCGGUUUCCUCAGUAUAGCCCGCUACCUGAUAGAGAACGGCGCCGACCUGGCGGCGAUCAACAGCGACGGCGAGCUGGCCCUGGACCUGGCCUGCUCAGACGCCAUGGAGGAUCUCAUCCAGCGACACAUCGACGAACAGGGCAUCGACUGUGAGGACGCUCGGCAGGCCGAGGAGAAGAUAAUGCUCAGCGACGCCAAACGGUGGCUCCGCACCGACAGUACCGAUUGUGAUAAACCCCACCCCAAGACAGGGGCCACGGCACUGCACGUGGCCGCCGCUAAAGGCUACACGAAAGUACUUGGUCUACUGCUGGACGGACGGGGGGACUUCGAUAAGCAGGACGUGGACGGGUGGACGGCAUUGCACGCAGCCGCCUAUUGGGGCCAGAAGGAAGCCGUACAGAUGCUGCUCAGUGCCAACGUAGACAUCGACAUCCAGAACUACAGCGGCCAGUACGCGAUCGACAUCGCACAGAAGGACAUUGUGCCGCUGCUGGACGAGGCGCGGAAGAACUUCAAACGGCCCAAACGGCGACCGGCUAGUCAAAUUAGAAUUACGGAUACCAUUGAGAAUAGCAUCGAGACACCCACGAAGGUCAUCCGGGUGGAGGUGAAACCGAUCGACAGCAAAGAGCAAGAAGAAGUCGUUAGCGGAAGUGACGCAGAGGAAGUGGAGGAGGAAGAGUUUCAGGAGGUUGAACAGGAAGAGGAAGAGGAGGAGGAGGAAGAGAAUGGGAUUGAAGACGAGGGGAGUGGGAGUGAUCGAGAGGGAAGCAUUGAACCGGAAGAGUCCGCUGAAGAGGAAAUGGAAGAAGCGGAGGAGUCUGAAGAAGAUGCGGAGAAGCAGGAAUCCGACGAGGAGCCAACGGUAGAGCCAGAAGAGGAGGAAGAGCAAGCAUCGGACGCGGAAUCGUCACCGUAUUCGUCAUCCUCCGAAAGUUCAUCGUCUAACGAGAGCAGCAUGACCGAAGAAUCUGAAGCAGCGAAACUGCCCAAGCCCGUUCCGAUCAUUUCCCGACCGAGUCCGGUUCCCGUGGCGGAGCAAAUCAUUGUCCCGAAACCGCGCAUCGAAGGAGUGCAUCGAGAGUUGCCUGCAGCGCCACCGCUUCCACCGCCACCGGCCGUUUCGCAACAGAUGGCGCCACCACCAGUACCGUGGCGCCGUGCACGGGCUACUCCGACUCCGGUCCCGACCGAUGAGCACGCGCAUCAGCAGCAGCAAAGCUUGCAGAAGUUCCAGAAUGGCCAUACCACCGUCAAUCGGUUAUCGCCGUAUCGCAAUCAAGUUCCUGAGAAAGAAAAUCAACCGACCGAGCCCGAUGUGAUACUGCGGCGGACUCAAAGCUUCGAGAGCGAUGAAAAAUUCUAUCAGAAAUACGUCGAACUGCGGGCCCGGAUACAGGCCAACUCCUGCCCGAUCCUGCCGAACACGAAUCCCACGACGAAUGCGAAACCUGCCACCGCCAACAACACCAGCACCAACAACAGCUAUCUCGUACAAAGGUCAGCCUCGCUCAAGGACCAUCGGACCCUAAGGAAAGCCUCCAGCAACUUGGUACUGGGUAGCACCGGCAGUACGACCGGUACCGCAACUACCAACGUACAAACGGCGACCACUUCGCCGCCCACUAGUCCCACCGGAACGCCCGUCACGACGCCCAGCACCGGACAGAUCCGAAGCAUCACACCUGCCAACAACAAGAACAGUCACACCACGUCCAAUAGUCCUUCCAUACCGCCGGUUGAAGUCACCGCCGCGGCCACCACCACUACCAACAACAACAACAACAUCAACAACAAUAGUAAUAAUAAUAACAAGAACGACACCAGCAGCAAUGCGGUCAACAAAAAUCAUAGCCUGUUCGAACUCAAUCGAAAAUAUAUUGAACAAGCCCAAAAGACGAAGAUUAAUAAUGAGCGCAAUAAAUUUCUCUCGUCACUCAACGAGAAGAGGCUGCAACAACAGCAACAACAACAGGAAGCGCAACAACCGGAAACGAAAGGGCCAUCACAAUCCCCAUCCGCAAAGUCCGGCGCCGCAGCAGAAAAAGAACCGUCGCAACCGGCGGAAGCACCCGCAACAGUUAAGAGCGUAGCCCCGCUCUACGCGUCGUCCGCCUCCAACAACAACUACGCCCUCAACAAUCACGCUGCUUCCAAUUUCAACAACAACAACAGCAUUUCAACACCUUCGCAACAACCGCCGCCUACCGUAGUGACCUCAACGAACAAGCUCUCACCGGGAAAUAUUUUCAAAAACUUUUUCAAAUCCUUCGUGCCACCGACGCGCGACGAAGAGAGUGAAACUCAGCGGAAAGCGCACGCCAAGCGGGUCCGCGAAACGCGACGCUCCACCCAGGGCGUCACCCUGGACGAGAUCAAGAGCGCCGAGCAGCUGGUCAAGAAGAAGAACUCCACCAACAGCAGUGAUAGCGACCCAUCAUCCACUACAGCAACAGCAUCGACGCCCUCAACCACGUCCACAUCAUCGUCCUCCACUCUCGUCAACGACCGCGUCCCAUCGGUGGAUGCCAGCGCCUCCGAGGUAAGCAGCCAAGUUCCUUCAUCGUCUAGCAGCACCAGUACUUCCGCCGAACAGCAGCAGGUAUCGGCCAGUUUUACCAUCAGCGCCCCACCCUCCAGCUCUCUGUCCACCAGUGCCUCGAUCAAGUCCCAUCGGGGCGACGUGGGUGGUGGCGGUGGUGGAGGCGGAGGGGGAGGUGGCGAUACGGCAUCCGCCCCAGAUGAGGAUAGUAGCAGCAAGAUCAGUGUCUCGUAUACGAUCACUACUCCGAGGCUAAGUAGCAGCAUCACGUCCAGUAGCAGUAGUGACUCAGCAACGAUCGCCAAAGAUAGCAAGAGCAAGGAAGCUAGCGUCCCUUCGGUGACGGCGACCUUCAGCGUACCUAGUGCAACUCCCAUCACCUCCAGCAGCACCACGAACAACAACACUUCUAACAGUAGUAACAAUAAUCUUUACAAGAAGACUGAUUCGGACGAUUCAACGAAAACGACGACUACGACGACUGCGACGACGAAGUCAACGAUAACGCCGGCAGGAGACUCCGCUUCGAUCGGUACGCCCGCAUCUUCCACCUCGGUAACGGCCACCGUCCGGACACCGGGCCCCUACAGCACCAGCAAACGGUCCCUGUUCGAUAUCGACAAUGCCAACUCGCUGACCCUGGCGGAGAAACUGCGCCAGGAGGCGAACAAGUACGCCGAGAGCGAUAAGGAGAACUUCGUUAGCUCCAAAGGGCCAACGUCAACCGCAACAUCCGCCUCUGCAACAACGACAACGAAAAGUAGUGAGUCCACCUCUUCGAAUACGACGCCGGCUGCAGCCGUCGAAGGUACAGUAUUGCUGCGGAAGGACACCAGUGCGCCUUCGUCACCCCUGCAUCAUCAUCACCAACAGCAACCGUCGACCUUGGCCGAACGAAGGCCCUCGUGGCGGCUGAAAGUGGACGGUGGAUCCAAGUUCAAACUGGAAGACGCAUCCGUGCCGCCGACCAGUGCAGCAACCACCACAAGCAGCAGUACCGUUACUGCCCUGGAUUCUUCCGCGCACAGUCGACCACACUCACAAAAUGAGCUGAAUAGUAUUUCAAUGUCCUCGUUGGCACAACGGAGGCAGAACGGCGACAGUAGCAGUUUCAACACAUCUCGCCCCACGUCGGCACCGGAACUGGGCUUGUCGGCGGUGGCCAGCAGUCAGAACGAUGCCAGCCUACACCUGCGGGUCCGACCGCUGAAGGCCAGUGAGGAGAACAAGGAGAAUGACAAGGAGAACGAGAACCGCACCGGCGGCAGCAGUAGCGGCACCACCACCACCAACAGUAGUGCCCAGGCGACGCAGGCGGUCAUCCAGAGACGGAGACGUCAGAAGCGACGCUCCACCGGUUUGGUGCACGUCGAUAUGGAGGAUAUUGAUCCUGAGCGACAAGAUUCUCCUGUCGACGGUGAAGAGAAAGAGUCCGGAACGGAACGAGGUCGAUCGCGCGUUGGUUCGACCGCAUCCGAGUUAGCGGACCAGCAGAAGGACGGUAGCGAAUCCAAGGAGAAUGGCGGUGACUACAUCGACUACAAAGCUCUCUAUGAACAGGCCAAAGCUGAUAAUAAUAAGCUUAAGAGUGACUUAAGGAAAAGGGAUGAAGAAGUGGCUAGUCUACAAGCGGCGCUCGAAAGGUUUACCGUCGCGACCACCAAAAAUAACUCGCUGUCGGAGCUGGAGAAGCGAGAAAAGCGAGCGAUGGAGCGGAAAAUGUCGGAAAUGGAGGAAGAGCUCAAGCAACUGGAAGCCCUCAAGACCGAGAAUCAGCGCCUGAAGGACGAGAACGGAGCGCUCAUUCGUGUAAUUAGUAAGUUAAGUAGAUAGAAGCAGGCCACAAUCGGCCCAACGACGCUGAUUGAGUUAACAACAACUACAAAAACAGAAACAUCAAAUGCUGAAUAGAAAAGAAUUCAAUGGAACUUCUCACAGUUGAAAAACAUACAAUUUGAAGAACCGGACUCAUUUUAUUAUUUGGAUUAGUUAAAGGAAAUCUAGAAGGAGAAACUAUACGUGAAAUCAAAGUUAGAUAGAGAACAUGAUAAAACUAUUUAUUGACAGAAGAAAAACCAUGCGUACACGACAAAAUGAUUUCAAUUUUUUUUUAUAAGUAAUUAGCUUCCUGGGUAUUUUUUCGCCCAGUGCAGGAAAAAGCUUGGUAUUUUAGUCAAAAAAAAAACGCAAAAGAAUGGAAUACUUUUUUUGUUGAAAAGAUUUGUGUAAAUUAGAUCGAUUCAAACUUGCAGUUAGGUUAGUGGUGUACUCACAUCACGUUCGUUUGUUUCAGUGUAAAAAUGAGCUUGAGCCGACGACUUGCGCUCUUCUUUGUACAAACAAAAAAACUUCUUUACUAUUUGAAUUUGUAACGAAUCAAAAACAACAAUAAAUAUGUGAGCGUUGAGGAGUGCAAACAAUCUGGAAACAAUAAUUGAUGCUGUUCAAAACACAAAAAGGUAUAUUUAUAGACUUUUAUAGCGAUCCGUACGUAUUUAUAUUUAUACAAGUCGUAAAAACUGUAACGCGAGAUUCUCUUUUUAUGGUUUAUUGGUUGCGGUUGUGCUGCAAUACCCCGAAAGUUGUGUAAUUAAAGAGGCAACGAUGUUCGUUUUCAUGAAUUUUUGAGCAUUUUGCUUCUAAAAGUAACGCUGCGUUACAUUAGAUACAACUUUCAUUAUACUGCGUUACAUUUAGCAAUUUCAUGAUGUGAAUCAAUGAUUUGAUCGCCAUUCCUUUCUUUUGAAUGUAUCAAAAUGUUGAUAAAUAUUAACCAGAUGAAUAUUGCCAAAUGGGCAUUAGUUAAUUUUGCUAACGCUUUUGAAAUUAACACACUUUCGUGAGUAUGUACUGCAACCGUUAUGGAAAAAAGCUCUCCUUCAAUUUGUUCUAGUUAUGCUACUUCCGAAGAAAAACGCAAUUGUCGUGAACGCAUAAGCCCUCACCACAAGGCAGAAGAAAACGCACGCGGAUUUGAUCUCUCCUUCAUUGGCUCGUAUGUACAUGUAGAUAGACUGUAGGCUGCUGGUAUAAGGCACUACCAUCCCAACAUGCGCCUUGUUUUUCUUACAUCUAAAAACCAUAAAAUAUUGAAGCUUUUCAUAUGCACAUUUCUAACACCCGUGUCUCUACGAGCGGCAGGUUAGUACGCUAGAGGUGAUAGUAAUUAAGUUGAGAGCGUGUUCGCGCCCCGUAUUGUAGAUAGGAACAACUGGAAAACUUUAACGCAUUUUUGGAAUACCUUUUUUUGUGGAGAUUUACAAUAAUUAAUAAUUAUAGAACAACAUGCCUCCGUUAGUAGUUUUUACUAGUUCCAUUUUUCACACAAUGAUUGAAAAUUUUAAGUGUCUAUUUAUUGUCCUGAAUCGGAGGCACCUUCCGCAGAUAGAGUGAGGAAACACCUGAAAGCAAUUUGCGUUGAAACUGAAGAAGUCAACGUCUUUGAACCGACAACAAAAGGAAACUCCCAAUGUAUGUUACUUGCUGUAUCUCUUGAGCGUUUUAGUUGAUAGUUAUCAUUUUCUUGAUUAGUAGUCGUUCACUGUGUAAUAUGUACAUCUACUGUAGUCUGAAGUCACCGAGGGCUACAAAAAAACAAGCAAAAACACACGAAAACUAAGAUGGAAGUACUUCUCCUCCCUGUUUAUUGUCAUUAUUGAUUAUUGAGUAUGUUUAUUAAAAUUAUUAUUAUCAUUAUUGAACUAUCUUUAUCGUCAUAGUUAUGUUGUAUUUGUCAUCGAAUUAUAAGUGAAACAAAAAAGAAACAUACAUUUGCAUAGGAAACAAAAAAAAACAAAACACACACAUACAAACCAACAAACACACAUACACACACCCUCAUUAAUACAUUGUAAUUUAUGUUUACUGCUGUAGCGAAGAGGAAAAGCGCAUUGUACUAUUAUUAUUUUCAAAACAAAUGAAACAGUUGAAAAAUACAGAGGAAAAAAUGUUAAA